CCGACACUCAGUUUGUACAAUGGGAGAACUCACGUCCUGAAAAAAAGGUCAGCCAACAUUUGAUAUUCUCAGACGUGCUUUGGAACAGUCCUGCUAUCGGAAUUUCUUCUUGAUUUAUCGGUUGAUUGGUUUUGAUCUUUGAUAGACAGGCAGGCGGGCAGGCAAGGGCACCGCAGCUGAUGAACAAGAUGGCCGCAUGUAUUUUCUGCAAGAUCAUCAAAGGAGAGAUCCCUUCGUUCAAGCUCUUCGAGUCCGACAAGGUCCUGGCCUUUCUUGACAUCCAGCCGCUGAGUCGAGGACACGCACUCGUGAUCCCCAAGCACCACGGCGUCAAGCUGACCGACAUCCCCGACGACUCGCUGGCAGACAUCCUGCAGGUGCUGAAGAAGAUCGCCAUCGCCACGGGCGCGGAGAACUAUAACGUGCUGCAGAACAACGGGCGCCUGGCCCACCAGGAGGUCGACCACGUGCACUUCCACCUCAUCCCGAAGCCGAACACGACCGAGGGCCUGGGCAUCGGGUGGCCCGCGCAGAAGAUGGACAUGGACGAGUUGAAGAAGCUGUACGAGACGCUGAAGGCGAAGAUGUGAGGCGGGCGGGGGUGGAUAGAUCAGCGGGCCAAGGGGAGCAGGAGAGGACGCGGCUGUGAGAGGGUGCAGACAGAAGAGAAGGAAAGGAAAGAUGUGGGCUCAUUGACCCCUCGGGGGACUACGGAGGCUGUUACGAAGGGGCUUUGAUACCGAUUCAAACUUUGAUCGGCGACCGGUCGUGGAGGAGAGGGGAAAGGGCAGAAUGCCGCACACAGCAGCACCCUUUGCACAUAUCCCAUACAUUGUAGGUAUCGUCUUUGCUCGGCCUCCGGACCCUCUACACACCAGGGAGACGCAACGACAAUAACAAAACAGAGUCUGGAUUCUCCAGAGCUGGUCCAGCCAUGUGAUGAGCAAGGGUCCCAUGGUUUUCGCUUCCGUGCAAGAAAGUCAACCGUCAUCGCGAGGACCGCGAAACGGCUCAGAGAAACGCGGUAACCACAUCGCAGGGGCAUCUUCCCGCUGUCUACCAUUUAUUCCUCGUUGCCAGAAACAAAAAAGGCCCC